CGCGUGACACACGCACAGCACGCACAUAUAUAGGCUACACAGAGAGGUGCGCAUCCUCUCGACAACCUGUUAACUCGCGCCCAUCGCUCUUUUGAUAUGCGGCACCGCUGCGCGAUCGCACUACGUGGACCACCUUAAGAGCGUGACGCCAGGUUGCCAUGGCAACUGCUUUCCGCUUUCGGGCGCGGAGGGAGAAAAAGCGCGAGAUAUUUAAGAGUUUCGGUUCAGGAGCGGCGCAGGCUGGACAGCGACCACGCAGCAGCAGCAGCAUCUUUUCUUCAUCUCUUCUCUGCGGAAAUACGCCCGAACCCAGGCCGACGACACAAGACCCCACUGAUCCUCCUGAAAACUGCUGGAUCUUACACACCUGGGAUUCAAGUCACACGCGCGCGAGUUUAAGGUUCCAUUAUCCAUACUGUUAACUCAGACCUGCAGAAUAUGAUGGAACUGAAAGAUGAUCGGCGGUUCCAUAAUCUAACACAGGAGCAAGUGGAGACUCUCGAUCAGGUUCUCACAGAGGUCAUUCCCAUUCAUGGCAGGGGCAACUUUCCCACCUUGAAGAUUAAGCCCAAGGACAUCAUUCAUGUCGUCAGAGACAGACUGGUUUCUAAGAAUAUCAAGGUUAGGGACGUCCGUCUUAAUGGAUCCACAGCAAGUCAUGUUCUAGUCAAGGAGAAUGGCACUAGUUAUAAGGACUUAGACAUUAUCUUUGGUGUGGAACUUCCUAAACAGGAAGACUUUCAGAUCAUAAAAGAAGUAGUUCUGGGGUGCCUCCUGGACUUUUUGCCACAAGGAGUUAACAAGGACAAAAUCACAGCUCUCACUAUGAAGGAGGCUUAUGUACAGAAAAUGGUCAAAGUCUUUACUGAGUACGACCGAUGGAGCCUCAUCUCACUCUCCAACAACAGUGGUAAGAAUGUGGAACUCAAGUUUGUCAGCUCUCUGCGACGGCAGUUUGAAUUCAGCGUAGAUUCCUUUCAGAUAAUCUUGGAUACUAUGUUAGAGUCCUACCUUGAGGCAGAGAGAAGGGAGGCUGCACAACUCAAGGAGAAGGAACAGGAGGCUUCCAUGAUUCAGAGCACUGACUUGCAGUCAGGUACAUUGCAAGAGCAAAUCACCUCUGCUGGUACAGAGAGCUGCAGUGAAACAGAUAUUAACAUGUCAGGUGAAAAUAAGGACAUGAACAGUUUGCAUGACGUGUGCCACAAUGAAGGAGUUAUGAUGGAAGACCAAUACAAAUCUUCCAUGGAAGAAACAACUGUUGAAACAAUUCGCAAGGAAAAAAAUGAGGAGUUGAGUGAAUCUAUAACAAUGACUGAAGCUAUGGAAGAUGUAUCAGAACUGUCUGAAACAAGAUCAGUGCAUAUGAAUAAAAUAGAUGAGCUUAAUCAAAAUCGGUUUAUGCAAACAAAUGAAAUGCGAGAGAUACAUUCAAGCAGAAACAUUAACUCACAGCUAGAAAGUGAACAGGUGGUCGCUGAAAAAAAUAAAAACAUACAGUGUGACAUACAGCUGUCAGAUUCUCAAGCAUGUGUCCAUGCGGAGGGGUAUAAAGAGAGUGAAAACAUAUUAGCUGCAUAUUCAGACAGUGUUAAAUCUGUAUCUAAAAAGGAGCGUACAAACACAGUGGGUGAGCCAAUGCAAACUACAGAAAAAAACACUGAAGCCAUGGUUCUCAGUGGACAAUCUACUUUCCAGCUUCCUCCUAUCACCCUUCUUACACAAAACACACCACUGGACUCAAAUAAUGAGUACUCUUUACCACCUCCUGCCAAGAAAACUAGUCGAAGUUCACAAAUGGUUGUUCUUAAGCAUUCCUCACCAAAACCCCCCAGGAAAAUGUCUAGGAAGGUCACAUGUGUGCCACACUUAGCAAGCAAAUUAGUCCUAAAAGACUCACCAGUUAAAUCUUCUCAGCUUGUCAGCCAUCCCCUCAAUGUAAGUGACCCAAAAGAAUCAACACAUAUGCAAGUAGAAUUGGCAGAGCAUUCCACUAACUGCUUGGAGUCAAUAUCCAGUUCUUCACAUGACAAAGACUCAGUGCUUAGAAUAUUAGAUACAUCCACAACAGCCUUUAGUGUUUCAGCCCAGGAGAAUGGUACACACUCAGAGGAGAUGCUUUCCAUACCAUCGUCCCCAGAAAAAAAUGUUCAAACACAUAUAGAGACUUCAGAGCCAGAGACUGGUGAAACUACUAAUCAUUCUUUCCUGAACCCUAAACCCUUUACUGCCCAAAAGGACCAAAACAUGACCAUUCAACCUUUUCCUGAGAUUCUCACAAAAACAUGCUCUCAGCCAGUGAGACCAAUUAUUCAGAUCAAUUGUCAGCCUAUAGUAGAGGUAGAAGAUAGCUUGUCUGUCUGUCCAAACUCUUCAUACAAAGAGAAUAUUGAGCUUGCUACCCAAACUGCUGAGUGUGCUCAAGAAUAUUCCCAAGAAACUGUUACUCAUACAGUAGAUGCUUCCUCCAAGUUAGGGACACCUCUGUCUGCAAAUCUUGCUAUUGAUUCAGGGGAGGUAGAAACCACUGACCAGGGCUUUGGGGUUCCUAUUAUUUCAUCACCAGUUCCUGAACCCUCCAUAUCAUGUCUAUUGCCUCAGGAACCUAAUGUACCUGGCACACUGACUCUAGAGUCUUCAAUUUUAACAUCACACCUUCUAGAACCACCUGUAUUGAUACCCCAACAGGCUCAAGAUUCCUCUGUGUUAGAAAAAGGCUUUUCCAAAUCACCUGAAAUAUCAUCAUGUCUUCUAGAACCUCCAAUAUCAAUGUCUAAAAAUGAAGUAUAUUCUGUCUGGCCAUCAAAUGUUUUGGAAUCUUCCACAUGUUCUUCAGAGGGAUCAAGGUCUUCUGCAGCAUUGAUUCAAACUCCAGAACCACCAGAAGUAUUAUCUCAGGUUGUGGAACCUUCUGUAGAAUCACCACAGCCUGUACAUCCUUCCAUAUCACAGGCUGGGGUUCUAGAACCUUAUAUUCAACUAGAGUUAGUGACCCCUGUAGAGACUUCAGAGGAUUCAAAUCUACCUGACUCCAUACCCACUAUAUCACCCCUCCCUACUCCCAGAGAAAUUCCUUCUGUCACAGUAGUGGCAGAAAGCAUGUAUGGAGAUUUUGAGCAAGCCAUGGACCACCUGCGUUACAGGCUAAUUGCAACACGCAAUCCAGAGGAGAUCCGAGGUGGUGGCUUGCUCAAGUACAGCAACCUACUGGUUAGAGAUUUCAAACCUGCCAGUGAGACAGAAAUUAAAACUCUAGAGCGUUAUAUGUGUUCACGUUUCUUUAUUGACUUUCCAGAUGUGAAUGAGCAACAAAGGAAGAUUGAGUCCUAUCUACGAAACCAUUUCAUUGGAGAGGAGAAAAGCAAGUACGAUUACUUAAUGACACUACGACGGGUGGUCAAUGAGAGCACUGUGUGCCUGAUGGGCCACGAACGACGACAAACACUCAAUAUGAUUACCAUCCUGGCUCUCAAAGUCCUGGGAGAGCAGAACAUCAUACCCAACACCAACAAUGUCACCUGCUACUACCAGCCUGCUCCAUAUAUGGCCGACCACAACUUCAGCAACUACUACAUUGCCAAUGGGCAGUCCCCAAUUAUAUAUCACCCAUAUCCUCUACAUAUACACAUGCAAACUGGGCUGGUUUAGCAGUGGGCAUGAUGUAUGCAUGGGAAGCUGCUACUGGGCAGAAAUAUAACCACCUGCAACCUAAAAUGGCCACCACAAAUAAAAUCCUCAGCAUGACAGCAAGCCCUAAUUGAAUAAAACCCUAUUCUGAGUGCUUUCAAUUUAUAUUAAAAAAAGUGUUCUGACUGUAAAUCAGGGAGUGACAGUGGUUUGGGCUACCAUUGGGCUUACAGUGCAAUUCUAUGGAGACACAUCUGUUCCUGGAUUCAAAAUCAUACUUUGCUGGGAUCAAUACAGUUGAUGAUCAGUGGAAACUAAAUACAUGAAAACAUUAGUAACAAAUGUGAUAAAGCAAAGCCUCCAGAUACCAAUAAUAAAUGUGUCUGACACAUUGAAAGGUGGGCUUUAGAAACACAGGGCUUAGUGAAGGUGAGAAAGUUAGGAAUGAAUGCAAAUUACCUGGAGUAUUUUCCUUCUGUUGUGUAUAAAGCCUAUAAAAUGUAAACUUCAGGCUUAAUUUGCUAAGCUAGUCAAGGGUCUAUAAGGAAUAUUUUAGCAUUUAGCAGUUGUUAGGGUUAAACACAAAAACAGUUUAAAAAAAAAAGGAAGAAUUGAAUUAAGCUGUACUAAAGUGGUAAUUCUGAAGAAGUGACACUGUUAGAUAUAGUUAUUUGUGUCCAAUGGCCAAUUAAAUUUUCAAUUUUUGUUUGAAAGUAUAAAGAAAAUUUAUGUAAGAAACUCCAGUCCACAAUACAAAUGAUUUUCCAUCAAUAACCAUUUAAAUUACAUGCAAAAAUGUAGGGUUUUAGAGGGGUGAGGCUUUAAUUGCAGAUCUUCCAGGGAGUCUGCAGAGAUUCUAUAUAGUAUUAUGAUGUGUUUAUAAUGGGUUUAUGAGGGGUGUAUUCAAUUUAUUCCUAUUGUAUGUUUUUAGAAACAACUCUAAGUAGUCUAUGACUCAUGGCUCAGUUCCACGCUGAUUCCUACCAGCUGCAUGAUUGAUUGCAGAUGUAAACCAGUGUGAAAUUUAGUGUGAAAGUUAAAUGUCUGUAUCUCUUCAGCCUUUUAUUGUCAUUGGCUGUGUUGUCAUUAGUUUGUGUGUCCAGAAUGUAAAUUAUGUUUUUGGAUUGAUGUCAAAAACUGUGUAGAGGACAGCAAAAUGUUGUCACUGAAAAUGUUACUGCCAGAUUUCACCACAUGAGGACUUGAGUUGUACUGGAAUCCAAUGAUCUAGUGAUGAAGAGAGAGAAAUGUUUUAUUGAUGCAUGUAUGUGUCUUUUGAGCAUCUGUGAUGCGCAAAGUCAACUUUAUGGACUGAAGAAUACACAGUUUGGAUUUUAUUUACCAUAUGACGCAUAUUCAGCCUCAAAGGAAGUGACAGUUUCAAGCAGCCGAAAGCAUGGGGGAAACACUGGGUUCCUCAUAUGGAUGCACGUGUGAAAAUAUCUACUUAUCAGGAAUUUUUUUAUAUGUUAGUAACAAAAAAAACAUCUAUUUUUCCAAGAAAAAAGUAUAACAACGUACAGAGUACAAAGAGUUUGUGCCAACUGCAUAAACACGUAAAUACAAGUAACAGCUAUAUAUAGAUUAUAUGCAAAGUAUAAGUUGUUGAUGUAGAUCUUUUAAAGGAUUAAUAUAAACUUAUGUCAUUGUUCACAACUUGUGGAUUUCCCUUUUUUUGUGAGGUCCUAGAUUUAAAUUUGUGAAGUAUUAUACCUUACUGUAUGUUGACUUGAAGUCCCUUAUGCUGUCUUGCCCUGAUGUUUUUGUCCACUUUCUAAAUCUGGCCUUACUGCCAAAAUCUUUAGUAACACUGUGCUUAGAUAUAGGUUUAAAUGAAUUUUAACUGUUUACCCAAGCAAGACUUGUAACCAUAGAACACCAUGGAACCCUAAAGAGCAGUUUAUGUGACCAAAGAUGGGUUUUGUAGGAAAACUUAAGUGCCUAAAAGAAGGUCAUUUGUAUGUGACCUAAGAAAAAAGAAACAAAAACAAAAGAAAGACAGAAAAGGGACUGACCAAUGUAGAGAAAGGGAAAAGUAGAGAUUUAGGAGAACGGUUCUCGGGGAUGCAAAUGAAGCUGCGUCCCUUCAUUAUUUCAGGUGUAUAUUUUCUUCUUGCCCUUCUCUAGUGCUGAUUGUGUUGAUGUCAAUUCUGUAGUACUUUAUUAUGGUUGGUUAA